GCUCUCUCCAUAAAAAGGCGCGGUGGUGUUUUGUCCCGAACGCUGUGCCGUAAUUUUGCCGUAAAAUAUCUCUGUCUGUCGCAACGUUUAGUCCAGUAGCAGAGGUCACAACAAACCAUUCAGUAUGGGAGGUGACCACGGCCACAGCAAGCUGUCCAUGCCAGACUGGCGGCAGUGGAAGGUGGAGGGAACACCGCUGGAGUUCACACAGCAGAGGCUGAAGGCCAGGGGCCUCAAGGACCCAUGGGCACGCAAUGAGGCAUGGAGAUACUCAGGCGGUUUCGCUCGUGCUGUGACUCUAUCUGAUGUGCUGUUGAAAGGAUUCAAGUGGGGCUUCGCUGCCUUUACUGUUGCUCUGGCUGUAGAGUACGCCCUUUUCCCACCAAAGAAGGGUGGCCACUAAUGCUCAGCAUUGUUCCUCAGAAACAGACCAUAAUGUAGUGUGAUAAUCUUAUGUAUUUUCUGUUUAUUAAAUAUCUUUUUGAUCACCAAA